AUGGGUGGCCGUGGAGAUUAUGGCUGCUCCGUGGAGGAAUUACGUACUCUUAUGGAAUUUCGCGGAAUUGAAGCAUGUGAAAAAAUUGAAGCAGAUUAUGGUGGAAUCGAUGGCUUAUGUAGGCGAUUAAAAACGGAUCCAGCGAAUGGUCUACCACAAGAUAAAGACGAAUUAGAUAGGAGGAGGGCUGUUUUUGGUGCAAAUGAAAUUCCACCUCAUCCUCCAAAGUCUUUCUUACAGUUAGUAUGGGAAGCCCUUCAGGAUGUCACGUUAAUCAUACUCUUAGUAAGCGCAAUAGUAUCGCUCGCUUUAUCAUUUUAUAGGCCACCGGAUGAUGGGACCAUAUCAGAUGAUUCAGAGCAUGAAGCAGGAUGGAUUGAAGGUGUCGCCAUUCUCAUAUCUGUUGUCGUUGUCGUCCUUGUUACUGCCCUUAAUGAUUAUACCAAAGAACGCCAAUUUAGAGGUCUACAAGCAAAAAUUGAAACAGAACAUAAAUUUGCCGUGAUCCGAGGUGGAAAACAAAUUCAAAUUGUUGUCAAUGAAAUAGUCGUUGGUGAUAUAGCUCAAGUUAAAUAUGGUGAUUUGUUGCCAGCGGAUGGAAUUAUUGUUCAGAGCAAUGAUUUGAAAAUUGAUGAAUCUUCGCUAACGGGUGAAUCGGAUCAAAUCCGAAAAAAUCCAGACCACGAUCCAGUAUUGCUUUCCGGUACCCAUGUAAUGGAAGGAAGUGGUAAAAUGCUUGUGACAGCUGUUGGCGUAAAUUCGCAAACAGGAAUUAUAAUGACAUUACUUGGUGCUGCAAAAAAUGUUGUCGAAGAAGAACGAAAAGCAGCGAAACGUGAAGGUUUGCUUCGAAAUAUUAAAAUCUUUCCAACAUUGGUUUCAGGUGACGUUGUUGUCACAACCGGUAUCGAAGAUGGAACAGCUCAAGCACUGCUCACAGAUCAAAGUGUUGGAAAAUUAAGUGAUAAUGAAGAAGUAAAAGAAGAAUCUGAAGGCAAAAAGGAACGAUCUGUUUUACAAGCGAAACUUACUCGGCUGGCUAUACAAAUUGGAUAUGCAGGAUCAUUUGUGGCUGGAUGUACUGUUUUAAUUCUUGUUACCCGUUUUUGUAUUAGUCGUUAUAUGAUUGAAGAAAAAGCAUUCAGCUUAGCUGAUUUUCAACAUUUUAUAAAUUUCUUGAUUAUCGGUGUAACAGUUCUUGUUGUGGCAGUACCCGAAGGACUUCCUCUUGCCGUUACUCUUUCACUAGCAUAUUCCGUCAAGAAGAUGAUGCACGACAAUAAUCUUGUUCGUCAUUUGGACGCUUGUGAAACGAUGGGCAAUGCAACCAGUAUUUGUUCCGAUAAGACUGGUACAUUGACAACUAAUCGCAUGACAGUCGUUCAGAGCUAUAUUAACGAUGUGCAUUAUAAAGAAACACCAAAAUUCGAAAAUUUAAACAAAGAAACGAGAGAACUGAUGAUAAAUUUAAUUUCGAUCAACACUAGUUACGCUUCUCAAGUACUUCCUCCAAAAAAAGCAGGCGAACAAUCAAUUCAACUUGGUAAUAAAACGGAAUGUGGUCUACUUGGCUUUGUUGUCGCACUUAAUCAGAGCUACCAAGCAAUUCGAGAUAAAUAUCCAGAAUCAUCAAUUUUUAAGGUUUACACUUUUAAUUCUGUGCGUAAAUCCAUGUCAACUGUAAUUAAACUUGAUGAAGGUGGCUAUAGGGUCUUCAGCAAGGGUGCUUCGGAAAUUAUUCUUAAAAAAUGCAAAUGGUUCCUUGGGCGUGAUGGGAUAUUAAAAAAAUUCUCCCAAAAAGAUUAUGAUCGCCUUAUUAGUCAUGUUAUCGAGCCAAUGGCAUCAGAUGGGCUUCGAACGAUUUGUCUUGCUUAUAAAGAUUAUGUUAAUGGCGGACAAAUUAAAGAAAACCAGAUCAAUUUUGUGGGCGAAAUUGAUUGGGAUAAUGAAGAUGCAGUCGUGAAUGAUUUAACUGCAGUUGCAAUCGUUGGAAUUCAAGAUCCUGUUAGACCAGAAGUGCCUGAAGCUAUCGCGAAAUGUCAGCGUGCUGGUAUCACAGUGCGUAUGGUUACGGGUGAUAAUAUAAAUACGGCAAGAUCAAUAGCUACAAGUUGCGGAAUUCUUCGUCCUGGUGAAGAUUUCAUUGCAUUAGAAGGCAAAGAUUUCAACGCGAGGAUUCGCAAUGAAAAAGGAGAAGUAUCUCAGGAAAAACUUGAUGCAAUAUGGCCAAAGUUGCGUGUACUUGCCAGAGCUCAACCAACUGAUAAAUACACGCUUGUCAAAGGUAUCAUUGACAGUCGUGUUACGGAUAGCAGAGAAGUUGUUGCUGUAACUGGAGAUGGAACAAAUGAUGGACCUGCAUUAAAAAAGGCUGAUGUUGGUUUUGCUAUGGGUAUUGCUGGCACAGAUGUCGCAAAAGAAGCGUCAGAUAUUAUUCUGACUGAUGACAAUUUCACGUCAAUUGUGAAAGCGGUUAUGUGGGGUCGAAACGUUUAUGAUUCAAUCGCGAAAUUUCUACAGUUUCAGCUGACUGUGAAUGUAGUCGCUGUUGUUGUUGCUUUUGUUGGGGCAUGCGCUAUUCAAGAUACUCCUCUCAAGGCAGUACAAAUGCUUUGGGUUAACCUUAUUAUGGAUACAUUAGCUUCAUUAGCACUAGCCACAGAAUUGCCUACAGAAGAUUUGUUAAAACGUAAACCUUAUGGAAGGACAAGUCCACUUAUAUCACGGACAAUGAGCAAAAAUAUCCUCGGACAUGCCUUAUAUCAACUUAUUAUUUUAUUUUUACUAAUCUUCAUUGGUGAACGUUUCUUUGAUAUUGAAAGUGGUCGUUGGGCACCGCUUCAUGCUCCGCCAUCCCAACAUUUCACAAUUGUUUUCAACACUUUCGUUAUGAUGACGCUAUUUAAUGAAAUUAAUGCUCGUAAAAUACAUGGCGAAAGAAAUAUAUUCCAUGGUCUAUUUUCCAAUCCUAUUUAUUAUAUUAUUUGGAUAUCUACUAUGGUUGCACAAAUCGCCAUUGUCCAGUUCGGUGGCCGCUGGUUUUCAACAGCCGCACUUAAUCUUGAGCAAUGGUUAUGGUGUCUUGCAUUUGGCAUUGGCACUUUGCUUUGGGGACAGAUUGUUACAACAAUACCGACCUCGGGUCUUCCAGAAAAUAUGGCGAUUGGCGGUGGCGACGUAACUUCAACAGAGAAUAUACUAAGUGGUGAAUAUGAGGAUCCAGAGACACAUGAGAAGAGAUCCGGGCAAAUUCUUUGGAUUCGUGGUCUAACUCGGCUUCAGACACAGAUUCGCGUUGUAAAAGCAUUUCAAGCCGGACUUGAUCGGCGUGAACCAUCACUAAGUGGGCCAAGUGCUGCUAGAUUACGUGAGAUCAGCCGUCAGCUAAAACUUCAAGUUGAAAAUGAGGGGAAAGGUUUGUUUUAUUGUAUGCUUUAUGAUUAA